UUUGAAGUUCCUGAUGCCUACGUUUCACGCAUCCAGCCAUCGUAAUUAGUAAUAUCAAUCUGAAGAUAAGUGUUUGAAGCAAAAUAUCAGCAUCAACUUUGUACUACUUUUACUUAUUUACAUAGUAUCUAUAAUAAAUUAUUUAAAAAAUGGCUGCAGUUGUUCCGAAAAUCAGAUUUCCACCACUUCCAUCAGUUCCGGAUUUACUGAAGCUGUAUCGUCUUCGAGCAAGGAAACAAUUAUCCCAAAAUUUUCUGCUAAAUGAAAGAAUAACUAGGAGAUUCGUUAAUUCAGCUGGUAAAUUGAAAGAUGCUCAUGUUAUUGAAGUUGGGCCAGGACCAGGCCCAAUAACACGUUCAAUUAUGAAUAAAUUUCCACAGAGAAUUAUCGUAGUGGAAAAAGACAAGAGAUUCAAGCCAACUCUUGAAAUGUUAGCUGAAAGCUUUGCAACUGUUGAUAGAAAAAUGACUAUUGUCUUUAAUGAUAUUAGAAAAGUCGAUAUGUCAGAGAUGUUGGAUGAGAGUUUGAAGGAAAAUUGGGAUGGUCGAUGUCCUCGAAUUUAUGUACUUGGUAAUUUACCAUUUAGUGUUUCUACACCUUUAAUUAUUCAAUGGCUCAGAGAUAUUUCAAAACGUAAUAACGUUUGGAAGAUGGGAAGAGCACGAUUGUGUUUAACAUUUCAAAAAGAAGUGGCUGAACGAAUUGUUGCAAACGUUCGUAAUCGUCAACGCUGUCGAUUAUCAGUUAUGGCUCAAGCUUGGACCAAUCCGACAUAUUGUUUUACUAUUCGAGGAGUUUCUUUUAUUCCCAAACCUGAAGUAGAUGUUGGUGUUGUCCGAAUGGAACCUCUUGUCAAACCUAGAACUAGUCAUGAUUUUGACUUAUUUGAAAAAAUCACUCGACAUGUUUUUUGCUUUCGCCAGAAACAUGUUAUAUUUUGUCUCAGAACAUUAUUUCCGCCUUAUAUUAAAGACGAUUUAGCUUUGCUGAUGUUGAAUUUAGCAGACUUAGAUCCUGGUAUGAGAUCAUUCGAGCUCAGUGUUGAAGAUAUUGAUAGACUAUGUACUGCUUAUAAAUACGUAAUUGAAAAACAUCCAGAGUUGAAAGAUUAUAAUUAUCGAGCAUCACGUAAAAUUUUAUCGAAAAAUUACACACAAAACAUUGAAGUAAGUGAGUUUCCUGAUGAUGAAGAAGAUGAAGAAGAAUUCUCUGAUGAAUUAGAGGACAUAAAAUACUUAGUAAGUGGUUUAGAAGAAUCGGCAGAUAAUAAUUUGAAAAGCACUUGAAUUUCAAAGAUUAUAAAGUAAGUUCAUUACAAUAUAUACUUAUUUACAAUAAUUUCAUGGUUAAUUGUAGUAUACAAUAUAAUUGUAAUGAGUUUGGUUUAUGAAUAUGAACCCGUUAUAAAAAUACUGUAUAAAUAUUUUAAAUAGAAAUGAUUAAAAUUA